AUGCCCGUCGUCAAGAUCCCAUGCCUCCAAUGCAAGGGCGACGACCAGCAGCCGAAAUGCGGCCGUUGCGAGUCAAAGGGGCUGACCUGCGAGCGCCCAUCGAAAAAGACCGUGUUCCAUCAUGAUUCAUCUGCCAAUUUCUCCAAGGAUCAGAAAUGGGUAAGCAGCCAGGCCAAAUUGUUCCAGUUCGACGCGCAUACGCCUGCACCAGGCCAAGGUGCUUCCGCCGCAGCUUCAUCCCCAGCAUCGGGAUCAGGGGUAUCAGGGGCCGGACGCCCGGAAUCACGAGGCGCCGAUGAGCUAAGCUUGAGAGACCGCAUGUCGCAGGACCGAAGUCCUCUGUUCACCACCUCCGGCUCGGCAGAUCUGGGGUCGACGUGUGCGUCGGCGAGUCCCCUCUCUACUACCACCUCUGCUGCUACGCCGGCCAAGCGUCGCAAGAUCGACAAGCCCCAGGAGCUUCUGACGCCGCAGGAGGACACGCAAGAGUAUGAUCACCCGCACGAGCCUCACCCUGGAUGGAGCGAGCCUCUUCCGCCGAUUGCAGAUGCCUUCGCCCCGUCCCCAACGUCAAACAUGCUCUCAGGCCCUGACCUUCCGCCCUUGUGGCCAGCCCACCCAGUCAAACCCUGGUCGGCUGCUCGGUCAGGCAGCAUUUCGCUACCACCACUGGUCCAAGGGCAGAGCGAGGAGUAUCGACGGUUCCCGCUUGAGGAUCCCCAAGAAGCCUGCCUGAUGAGCUAUUACAUCUACGAGCUGGCACAUUGGCUCGACCUCGCUGAUCCUGAAAGACAUUUCGAGGUCGUAGUUCCAGUCCGCGCGCGCACGCAACCACACCUCCUCAAUGCCAUUUUUGCUCUUGCGGCUCGUCAUCUCAGCCGCAUGCCACAGUUCAAGACGCCCCAGGGAGUUGUCUACUUUGGCCAGCUGUUACCAAAGCUCGACAGGCAUUCUUCUGUCGAGUAUAUGCUUAGAUGUAUCCCCGCUCUGCGCCACUUCCACGACGCCCAGGACGAUGAGUAUCGAGACAGCAUCAUUGCGACGUGUGUGCUGCUCCGCCAGCUGGAAGAGAUUGAUGAUGAAGAGGAGGGCGCUUCAGAGGAGGGCCCCCAGCCCUUCGUCGUUCAGCCGAUGCAAAAGCAGAUUAAUUUCCUGCCCAUCAUUGACGCUGUGCUGCGAAGCCCUCCGUCGCAGACGCUGUUUGGUCGCAGGAGCCUGAUCCGGGCGUCGUAUUGGAUGGCCCUGAGGCAGGAAAUUUUCCACUCGUUCACACGGCGGCAGGCACCGCAGAUGAUCCUUGCUGCAGAUUACUGGUCCGGGGCAUCAAGCGCCAACAAAGCGGUCAUGCACACGGUGCAGGUUGUGAAGUGGCGAUGGGGUGAUGGAUCAGCUCAAGAGUGGAGUCGAUUGAUCAGGCAGCAAGAGCAUCUAGAGCAGGAUGUGCUCGUUGAUUUCCUUCCCAUUUUCCGCAGGCCAGCCGACAAGUCAAAGGGCGAGAUAUUCCCAAUAGUCUGGUACGGCUCUACGAUCGAAGUCACUACCAUCCAGCAAGCUCUGAUGGCUAAGUCGGUGCUCGCUGCCGAGGACCCCUCUCUCAAAUUCGCGUCGGCUCCACGCGCCGCUUGGAGAAAGAUGGAAAGCGAUGUUCGCGCGCUGAUCCUCGAGCUCUGCGGCAUCAGCCUUUGCCAUCCGUCCUCUCCGCCUGCGAUUCUCAAUGCGACCUGCAUCAUCCAGCUCUACGGCGACUUUUUCACCGACCCAUACGAGCGUCAGGCACUCAAACGCGUCGCUGAGAAAUACAGGGAUGUGAACGCCUGGCCUUCACGGAAGCUGAUGGACAUGUUUGUUUGA